UUUAUUAUAUUCUAGAGAAGCAAAGCAAAAUGAUAAAAUAAAUUUUACGUAAUAUACAUGAUAACUUGAGCCAAUCAUAAUAUAAAAUAAUGUUGUCAUUAAGAAAAGUGUUUCAUCAUGAUUAUCAUUUAGCAUUGAGAGAGAGAGGAGAAUUGAGAUAUCAAUUAAUCAAAAUUAUAAUCAUCACUUGUAUAAAUACAAAGUCUCUUCAUUAACAAGAGACAGUUUAAUAAUUAUUCUUGUAAUAACAACAAGGGUGUGACGUUAAAUAGAAAUAGAUAAUAAAAAAAAUAAAAAUAAAAAUGACAGAUACAAAAUUAAAUAAAGAUGUAUUUGUAACACGUUCAUUUGGAGCAGCUGCUGAAGGUAUUAAAGAUCAAUAUGCUGAUGGAAAAGCAGCAAAAGUAUGGGGUCUAUGUAUUGGUGAUAAAAAAGAACGUACCCAAAAAUAUAAAGAUUUUUUAGUUGGUAUGUUACAAAAAAAAGGAUGUAAAAGAAUUCUUGAUGUUGCAUGUGGUACUGGUGUUGAUUCAAUAAUGUUACUUGAAGAAGGUUUUGAUGUUGUUAGUGUUGAUGCAUCUGAUAAAAUGCUCAAAUAUGCACUUAAAUCACGUUGGGAACGUCGUCAUGAAUCUCAAUUUGAUAAUUGGAUUAUUGAAGAGGCAAAUUGGAUGACACUUACUGAUGAUAUUGGACAUAUGAUUGGUGAUGGUUUUGAUGCUGUAAUAUGCCUUGGCAAUAGUUUUGCUCAUAUGCCUGAUAAUUUUGGUGAUCAAAGAGAACAAAAAUAUGCUUUAAUUAACUUUGAAGCUUGUGUUAAACCAGGUGGUCUUCUUCUUAUUGAUCACAGAAAUUAUGAUCACAUGAUUAAGGGUGGUAAAGCACCAGCAAAAUCACUCUACUACAAUAGUCGUCAUAUAACUGAUAUUAAAACUGGUGUUUUAACAUUAAAUGGAAAAGCUGAAAUGGUUUUUCUUGAUUAUUUUGUCAGAGAAAAUCCAGAAAGUGAUGUACCAGAAGUUGAAAGUUAUUUUAGAUUGUCAUAUUAUCCACAUUUAUUGAGUGUAUUUACUGAUCUUCUUGAUUCGGUAUUUGAUAAACAAGCUAAACACAGUAUAUAUGCUGAUUUUAAGCCACUUGAAGAAGUUGAAGUACCUGGAUAUUAUAUUCAUCUUAUGGAAAAAAAUGUAUAAAAAAUAAUCAUCAAAUUAAUUUGAAAUUUUAUUU